AUGUGGCGGCUGCUGCUGGGCCGCGGCCUGGGCCGCUGCUGGCCGCCCCCCGCCCGCCCUGCCUGCGCCGCCGGCCCUGCCGCCGACCGCGGCCCCAGCCGUUGUUUUAGAGCUCCCGGUUGCCAGGAUGGACGGUCCCGGGAUGAGUCGGGGCGAGGAAGAAGGCAGCAGCCCCUGCCCGGCCUGGUGCCCCGCUGCACCGUGCUGGAGGCAGUCACCUGGGGAGCACUCGGUGCACUGCUUCUGCAGCUGGUCAGACAGAUCUCCUGGCUGAGAUCGCUACCCGACACCAGGAGGGAGCACAGGGCUCUCUGGCUUUCUUCGUUGCCCUCUCAGCAGACAGCAGUGACUGAGGCCUCAACCAGCUGUCCCAGUGCACAGUUGGGGUCCCACCUCCAGCAGAAAGCAAGCCCAGAGGUCCUACCGGAGAAUUCAUCCUCAGCCAUCCCCUCAGGGCAAGGAGACAGCCAGCCCUGGACAGAGGCAGGAGAGUUCCAAGCCCCUGAGAGCUCCAGCCUGGGCCCAGCUCUCCCCAGUGCAAAGGGUGACCCAGCUCAGCGAGGGCGUUUGGAGGAAGCUGCUUUCCAACUGCAGCAGAUUUUCCGGAUUGACAUUUCCAUUGCACUCAACAUCCUUGGGAUUGAAAGCAUGAGGGCAGGCCACUAUGGGAUAGCCUACACCUGCUUCAAGCUGGCAGCAGAUCGAGGCUACAGCAAAGCCCAGUUCAACGUGGGUCUGUGUUACGAGCAUGGCAGAGGCACAAAAAAAGACUUGGAAAAGGCAGCUUUUUAUUAUUGCCACGCAGCCAGCAGCCGUCACCCCAUGGCACAGUACCGCUACGCCAGAUACCUCCUGGGCCACACACCUGCAAACAGCUGGCACAGGCACCAGGAGGCAGUGACCUUCCUGGAGCAAGCAGCAGUGGCUGGCAUCACAGAGGCACAGGCUUAUCUUGGAGUCUUCUACCUGAGGGGCCUGCAGCCUAAGGAGGAGAGAGGACUGAAGUACCUGCUGCUGGCAGCCAAGAGUGGUGAUGCCCAAAGCAGGUACCACGUGGGCGUUUGCUAUGAGCAGGGCCUCGGAGUGCAGCAGAACCUGGCGGAAGCGAUGAGGCACUACCGGCAGUCAGCUGCUGCGGGGAACCCGAGCGCUCGGGAGAGGCUGCGACUGCUAGCAGAGGAGGUGGAAGACAGGCUACCAAAGCACACCUUCCUCUCUGGAAUAAGAGCCUCUUCCUCUAGCCCUUCUUUCUGGGCUGCUGAGCAUGUGCCUGCAGGUCUGCACACCACCCAGCCAGCACAACCUGCCCUCACCCUGCCCCACUCUUGGAGUGUAGAUGGACUCCACAUGAUGCUUGGUGCUGCAGGAUGGAGCCGUGCCCUGGGAAACAACACAGCACCACUGGAGCUGCAGCGCUUGGAGCCCCACCACUGCUGCCUCUAGAGCAACAGUCACAGUCUUUCAGUCUCAGUGCC